AUUUUGCUGUCUUCCGGAGUGUCGAAUAAAGCGGAUGUGACGUCAGGAAGCUUGCUGGAGUAACAUGGCGGUGUUUGCGUUUUAACGAAAACACAACGAAUAAGCAUUCGAAGGCCAAACCUUUAAAAGCAUAUCAUUUUAGGGGGAUCAACAACAUUUUUACUUUUUCUUUUAUUAUAAUAAGAUUCAGCCAUGACGGAGCAGGUGACGGAGCAGGCGAGUGCCAGUACAGAGGGCAUCGUGAACAUGGAUGAGCCCAAGAAGAUGACCAGGGAGGACUGGAGGAAGAAGAAGGAGCUGGAGGAGCAGAGGAAGCUGGGAAAUGCUCCAGCUGAGGUGGACGAGGAGGGAAAGGACAUUAACCCCCACAUUCCACAAUACAUUUCAUCAGUCCCAUGGUACAUCGACCCAUCGAAAAGACCAACACUAAAACAUCAGAGGCCACAGGAUGAAAACCAGCAACAGUUCUCGGCCAUUGGCGAAUGGUACAAGAGAGGAGUCCAGGAGAACACAGUCGUCACCAAAUUCCGAAAAGGUGCUUGUGAAAACUGCGGUGCCAUGACACACAAGAAGAAAGACUGUUUGGAGCGACCCAGGAAAGUUGGUGCAAAGUUCACAGGAACAGACAUUGCUCCAGAUGAACACAGUCAGGUUCAGCUGAUGUUGGAUUAUGAUGGAAAGCGUGAUCGCUGGAAUGGAUAUGACCCUGAGGAGCAUCAGCGCAUAGUUGAAGAGUACGCUAAAGUCGAUUUGGCUAAAAGGACUCUGAAGGCACAUAAACUUCAGGAUGAGUUGGCAUCAGGCAAAUUGGACCAAAAUGAGUAUGAACACGACAGCGAGGACGAGGAUGAAGACAAGUAUGCAGAUGACAUCGACAUGCCCGGUCAGAACUUUGACUCCAAGAGACGAAUCACCGUCAGGAAUCUGCGUAUCAGAGAAGACACAGCUAAAUACCUAAGAAAUUUGGAUCCAAAUUCAGCGUACUACGAUCCAAAAACCCGAGCCAUGCGAGAGAACCCCUACUCCAACACUGGCAUGAACCCUGAUGAAGUUGGAUAUGCUGGAGACAACUUUGCUCGCUACUCUGGGGACACAAUCGGCAUGGCUCAAACACAGCUGUUUGCCUGGGAGGCUUAUGAGAGAGGUUCUGAGGUCCACCUUCAGGCGGACCCCACAAAGCUGGAGCUGCUUCACCGCUCCUUUAAAGUGAAGAAGGAAGACUUCAAAGAGGAGCAGAGGGAGACCAUCCUGGAGAAGUAUGGAGGACAAGAGCACUUGGACGCGCCCCCACGGGAACUGCUGUUAGCCCAAACUGAGGACUACGUGGAAUAUUCUCGUCACGGCGCCGUUUUGAAAGGUCUUGAAAAGGCAGUCGCCCGCUCCAAGUACGAGGAGGACGUCCUCAUCAACAACCACACAUGUAUUUGGGGGUCGUACUGGAAAGAUGGCUUCUGGGGAUACAAAUGUUGCCACUCAAUGAUUAAACAGAGCUACUGCACUGGAGACACUGGGAUUAAAACAAACAUUUCCGACUGUGUUCCGUUUGAAGACGGGCUGAUCGAAGAGCAAGAGGAGGAAAUUCCCAAGACUCUCCUGGAAAUGCAUCAAGAUAAAAUGAAAGAGAAGAAGAAGAAAAAGAAGAAUAAGAAGAACAAGAAGCGUGCCUCAGACAGCAGUGACUCCGAGGAUGAAGAAAAGAAGAAGGAGAAGUUGAAGAAGGCUCUGGACGCAGAGGACAAGCGGGUGAAGCAGGUGGAUGCAGUCAUGCAGCUGGAUGAGAGGAAGAGGCCCUACAACAGCCUGUAUGAAAUCAAGGCGCCCACCGAGGAAGAGAUGGAAGCCUUCCGCAUGAAGCGCAGACGACCAGACGAUCCCAUGGCAUCCUUCCUGGAUCAGUGAUCCAACACCACCUGACACAGACAGACUCGCAACCAACAAGUCAAAUUGAAACAGAUACAAUCCUGCGGUGGAAAGGCUUAAAGAAUGCAUAUUAUUGUCAUUUGAAAUGGAUUUUCAAACAUUUGCUGAUUGUUUAGCCUUAAGGCAAAACAUGUUUUUUUUUUGUUCCAUACUUGUAUGAUGGAGAUGUGCAGAACAUGAGUCACUUUCAAAGAGAGCUCUGCAUUUUACAUUAAACGAAUUCUGACUUCA